CUCAGCUCAUGCGCCGCUGUGUUUUGAAAAGCCGGGCAGCUAAAGCCUCUCGCUGCACCGUACAGCUUCGCAUGCAGAUUUCUAAACAUGUUUCCAUGAUGUAUCUUAUAUGAGGGCAAAGUAAAACAUGCCAAAGUCUCUGAAGAAGUCCUGCACCAGCCAGACCUCCAUUAGCAGGUACUUCGGCGGGCUGAGCAGCAGCAGUGUGUCUCAGAGUAGGAUUAAAGGAAAACCUGCAAGCAAGCAGAAACUUUCCCCUCACGAUGAUGAUUUGGGUUUGCCAACAAAACGAGCCAAACUGUCUCCACAAGACCAGCAGAUGGAGGAUUUGGACUGCGAGCCUGCUUCCUGUCAGAGCAUUAAAGAGACGACACUAACAUCGAGCCGAGGGGGCCUCUGCUCCUCCACCUUGGAGAAGCUGAAAGGCUUCUCCUGCUGGGCCGAGCCCAGUGCCGGGCGCAGUGACACCCAGAGGGCAGACGGUGUUAACAGCAAAAUCUGUGACCCAGGAAGCAGCAUUCGUCCUCUUCUGGACGUUACAGAUCAACUUCAACAGUCGGAGGAGGAGUGUGAGGAUGAAGAGGAAGAGGUCAACGACAAGAAGAGUUCAGGGCUGGCGGCUAAAAAACAGGACUUCCGCUUGUCUCAAUUUGCUAAGUCAGGAGGAGGAGGAGGAAGAGGAGGAGGAAGAGGAGGAGGAGGAGGAGGAAGGGGUGCAGAGCUGAGUCCUCCGUCAGACUCUAGUGUCCCCUCUAAACGUUCAAAGAGUGUGUACACUCCUCUGGAACAGCAGGUCAUCCAGCUGAAACAGCAGCACCAGGAUGCGUUAUUGGCUGUGGAGUGUGGUUACAAGUACAGGUUCUUUGGAGAGGAUGCAGAGAUCGCUGCAAAGGAGCUGAAUAUCUUCUGUCAUCUGGAUCAUAACUUCAUGACGUGCAGCAUCCCCACACACCGUUUGUUUGUCCACGUCAGACGGUUGGUGUCUCAUGGACACAAGGUUGGUGUGGUCAAGCAGACAGAGACGUCUGCGAUCAAGGCCUCAGGGACCAAUAGGAACGCUCUGUUCACUCGUCAGCUCAGUGCUCUGUACACCAAGUCCACUCUGGUGGGAGAGGAUGUGAACCCGGUCUGCAGACUGAGGGAUGUGGAGGAGGGGGCUUGUGGUGAUCUGGUGUCGGACCCUCCUGACAGCUUCCUGCUGUGUAUCAGUGAGAACUGGGACAAACUGAAGAAGCAGCUCACUGUCGGGCUGGUGGCGGUUCAGCCCAGCACAGGAGACGUGUUACUGGACUGUUUCCCUGAUGGUCCGUCCCGUUCUGAGGUAGAGGGUCGUGUCCUAAAGAUCAACCCUGUGGAGAUCCUGGUUCCCUCUGACCUCUCAGAGCAAACCCAGAAACUCCUACAGAGCAUCGCCAAUGCCAGUGCUCAGGCUGAUGACCGAGUGAGAGUUGAAAAGAGGGACAGCGCUCUGUUUGAGUUCGCCUCUGCGAUGAGCACAGUCACCGAGUUCUACUGCCACGCCCAGGAGAAAGGCUCUCACUCUCUGUCGAGUGUGGCAUCCUUGGAGAGCCCAGUGAUCUGCUGUCUGGGGCCGCUCAUCCAGUACCUCCAAGAAUUCAACUUAGAAAGAGUUCUUAGGAGUGAAAGCUCGUUCCGGCGUCUGUCCUGUGCGUCAGAGGGUAUGAUCCUCAGUGCCGCCACCCUCAGGAACCUGGAAAUUCUCAACAAUCAGACAGAUGGUGGUGUGAAGGGCAGUCUGCUGUGGGUGUUGGACCACACUCGCACUCCGUUUGGGCGGAGACUGAUGAGGAAGUGGGUGAGCCAGCCCCUCACAGACCAGCAGUCUAUCUCAGAGAGACAGGAUGCUGUGCAGGAGAUCCUGGAGUCAGACUCUCUCACUUUAAAUUCUAUCAGAUCUCUGCUGUCACAUUUGCCCGACCUGGAGAGAGGCAUCUGCUGCAUAUACCAUAAAAAGUCUUCCACGCAGGAGUUUUACCUCAUUAGUAGCAGUCUUUCUCGUCUGGGGCUUGAACUGCAGGCCUUGCUUCCAGCUAUCCAGUCACAGAUCAGCUCAUCACUGCUCCGAGACCUCUCGUUGGACACUGCUGACCUGCUGGCUCCGGCCCACAGCUUCCUCAAGGUGCUCAAUGAAACGGCUGCCAAGUCGGGAAAUAAGACAGAGCUGUUCUCAGAUCUGUCCGGCUUCCCGGUGCUGCAGGAAAGGAGGGAGCAGAUCCAGACUGUCGUCAAUGAGAUUCAAGACCACCGCAAAGAAGUCCGACUGAUGCUGAAGGCCCCGGCGCUCGACUACACUGCCGUCUCUGGACAGGAGUUUCUGAUUGAGGUGAAGAACUCGCUGUCGUCCACUGUUCCACCUGACUGGGUCAAAAUCAGCAGUACCAAGGCAGUCAGCAGGUAUCACACUCCUUUCCUGGUGGGGCGCUACAAGAAGCUGCUGCAACUCCGAGAGCAGCUGCUGCUGGACAGCCAGACGGAGUGGACCAAUUUUCUGGAUCAGUUUGGGGAGCACUAUCACACCAUGAAAAGGGCUAUUAGUCACCUAGCAACCAUGGACUGUCUCUUUUCAUUGGCUGAGGUGGCUAAACAAGGGGACUAUUGCAGGCCAGAGGUGCUUGGAAGUCAGCGGCAGAUUAUGAUCAGAGACGGCAGACAUCCUGCCAUUGACUUACUGAUGGGAGAGCACAACCAGUAUGUGCCGAACCUCACCGAACUACAGGGUGAUGGCAGGAGAACUAUGAUAAUCACUGGUCCUAAUAUGGGGGGUAAGAGCUCCUACAUCCGCCAAGUGGCCUUGAUCUGUGUGAUGGCUCAGAUGGGCUCCUACGUCCCGGCCUCUGAGACCCGUCUGGGCACGCUGGACGGCAUUUACACCAGGAUGGGGGCUUCAGACAACAUCUACAAAGGGCGCAGUACAUUCAUGGAGGAGCUGAGUGAAGCCUCAGAGAUAAUUUCCUACGCAACCGAACGUUCGUUGGUCAUCCUUGAUGAACUGGGACGGGGCACAAGCACCCAUGACGGGAUUGCCAUCGCCUAUGCCACCCUGGAGUACUUCAUCAGAGAUGUGAAAGCCCUCACCCUGUUUGUGACCCAUUAUCCUCCCCUGUGUGAGUUGGAACGAGUGUAUCCUGAACAUGUGUCUAAUUACCACAUGGCUUUCCUACUCAAUGAGCCUGAUGUCACUACUGACACUGACGAUGAAGAGGUUCAGCCAGAGUUCAUCACCUUCCUCUACCAGUUAACAGAAGGAGCUGCAGGGCGGAGCUACGGCCUGAAUGUCGCCCGAUUGGCUGACCUUACAGACUCUAUACUACACACUGCUGCACGCAAAGCCAGAGAGCUGGAGAGCAUAGUCAGCACCAGGAGGAAGAAUAAGAAACUUCUCUCAGAUCUUUGGAGGAUCUCGGACAGAUCAUCUCUCAAGGAGUGGCUGCAGUCAAACUCUUGAUAUCGCUGUAGUCAACGCCAGAGAAUCCAGCUGUCAGUGAAGGAGCAUGCUCUAAGAAGAAUGUACUUGUUCACAGAAGUAAAACUUGUGUCAGAAAGGACUCCUGAUGGAGUAGAGAGGUUGUUGCUGCUCUUUUUUUUGCUAAUGUACAACACAACAGUGUGUGAAAAUGAUUUUAACCAUCUCCGGUUCUGGUUCUCACCAUUGUUAGUACUAUAAUUGUGAUAACAUCAAUUAAAACCAGCUGAUCAAGAUUUACAUCAGUGUUUGGUGAUUAAAUAAAUAAUAAUAAAAAUACAAA